UUUGCCGGCUAGCACAAAGAGCUUUCAGAUGUAUGCCCGCAAAGUUCAAAUGUUAGCGCACCGAGCUUGGGGGAAACACGGGCUCAAAACUUGUCAUACUUUUAUGGUUGGUCUAAAAAGCUAAUCCCGAUACAAUGAGGGAAAAACAAAAGCCCAAGCUAGCAGCAGUUUGUAUGCGUUUGUGUGUGAAAAGCCAACAAAAAGCGUUGGAAGUGGAAACAUUGUAUUGUUUAUUAGAUGCAAGCUUGCUUGGCGCGCAAUUUGAUUGUUUGAUUGUUGCCACAGGUAACUGACCAGACACAAAGCGACCCAAACAGAGAGCCGUGAGUAAGCAAACAAACGUCAACAUCAAUAGGGCAUAUGUACAUAUAUUCUGUACGUGUAACAACAACCACCAGACUAGAGCAGACCAGGCCACAGUCUGAGUACGCCCCUAAGUUUGGAUUAGAAUGUAGCGCUCAGUUCCCCGGGCAACUUUCAACGAUGCGAGAACGCGCUGCAGCGACAUUGUCACUCGGGUUGAUUAUUCUAAAAUGAAUUAUAAUAUAAAAUAAUAUUAUACAACAAAAAUAUUGCUUAACAAUAUAUGUGCUACGUUUGAUAACAGUGAAAACGUUUCAAAUGUUUACAAUCAAUGAAAAUUUAAAGUUAAUAAUUGAAAACAAAAAUGAAAGCAAAACUAUUAAGUGCUGUGUCAAUUUUAGUGUUUUUGGACAUUCUACACAAGUGUUUGGGAAGAGCAGGGGAACUGGUUGAACAACCAUUGAUACAAUUAAGUCACGAUGAUGACUUGGAUGAUAAUUACCCGGAAGUUAAAGAUGAGGUGCAUUUGGAGGAUUUCUUUUGGACAGGUUCGGGUGAUGGCCCUCCCGACUAUCUAAAGAAGGUGCACACGGGCAUUAGCAAGGGCAAGGAUGUGAUAGUUAAGACCGAAACUGUCGUUGCCACCGUUUAUGUAGAUGGCAACAAUGAAAUCGAGAUACCAAUUUGUCUAGACUGCCAGCCUGACGAUGGUGGCGGUAAUUGGGAUUUAGGUGCGCCAGGAAUGCCGCCUCUCAAUUACUCCUCAACCGAUCGGCGAUAUUGGCUUCUCACAGUCAUGUCUGGUUUCUAUACCGCCAAGGAUAAUCCCAUGCUCGAAGAGAAGUUGGCACGACUCUAUCGUUUAGCAUUCACCAGACAACAAACACGCCACCUGGGCAUAAAUGGGGCACAGCAAAUUGCGGGCGUAUCGGUAUACACGCCACGAGAACGUCGCCAACCAGCCACGCCAACUACUUCCACAUCCCGCCCAGCAACAACGACCUCUUGGCCAAGCGACGAUGUCGAAAUACUGGAUAUGGAUGUGGAUAGUGAGCACCAAAUCAAAACAGUUUGGAGGGAAGGCGAAAGGCCCGAAUGGGAGAGUCACUGGGACGAGUCGGACGAGUCGCUAAGUAGCUCCAAUACACCGCCGACAACAACAACAUCGACAACAACAACAGGCACGAGCAGCGAGUCCAUAGACUAUAGCGCAUAUGUUACGCUUAUCCCCUGGGAACUUAUACAACAGAAUGGCAAGUCGGAGAAGUUGCAGGAAAUGCGUGAAGCGUUGUUAAGUCAACAACAGCAACAGGAACGGGAACAGAAACGGGAACGGGAACAACUUCAGCAAACAAUCUAUAGGGAGGAACGAGUACGAGUUGUCAUACACAACAUCACGCAAAUCAGCGAGUCUGAUGUGCAAAAGUGGAACAAUUCCGCUGGUAACGAAGUCGAUGCCAGCGACGCAUACUCUUAUGUUAACCUCAAAUUCAACGAACGCCCAGUGGCCAAUCAGACUGAAAUCAUCUACACGGUGCUCGUCAAUGGACGUCCUGUUUUGGCCACCACGGCUGCCAAGGAUAUGGAGCUGGUUAGUGAAGCCGAGGCCGUUGGUACUUUGGGGAAGGCCAUCUAUAUGAAAUCAGAACCAUAUAUAAGGGAACCGACAGCAACGGCUUUGGCGCCGGUGCCACGUAGCAGUCAAGCUGGCUUCUUCAAUUCUGUGAAAAAUAAUGUGGCUCUAGUGGUAAUCAGUUCCUUGGCCAUCUUAUUGCUUAUGCUGCUCUUGGUUGCAAUUCUGCUACUGGGACGAACGCGUGCUCGUCAACAAGAGCUGAGUGAGGUCAACAGAACAUCUUCACGCAAUGAGCUACUGUCUGAGGGUCAAUCAAUGCGUCCUAGCUCACGAGGCACCUUACUCGACAGCGCUGUUGGUGGCUCCGCUGGCAAUGGCGCUGAUCAGAGCACCAAUCGGUCUCGGGACGUGGGCGUGCAGAACUUCUCGUAUGAGCGACAGCCACGCAUCAGUUUCCCAGCUCCUCCGGCUGAAACACACACACAUAAUGCGCGAGUUCGUCGAGAUUCCAUUUCAUCCACAGACAACACAUCGGAUUCCUCUGUUUACUGUCCCAUCAAUCCGCCCAGUGCCGAUGUGCAGCGCAUACUCGACGACAAGGCAGCCAGGCUCUUUGAUGGUCAUAAGCGACGGCGUCAUCAGUACGAUCGUGCUGAGGGCGGUCACGACGAUACCAUCUAUGCUUCUGUGGUGUCUGAGAAGAAGAACGACAAGUCGCGGCAUAAGUCGAAGCGUCGCUAUCUUAAUGAGAAUCGCGUCGGUUCACUAGAGACUAGCCCAGUGCAGGGUUCUCUAGCACAGAGUAACUCCUCAACAGAGGAAGGCAAUUCGCCGGCAACCAGUCGUCGCAGCUACGAAAACUUCCAGCGCAACGAGGCCUACAAUCCGCACAAUAACUAUCAUCGCAACAAGCUACUGCAGCAGCAGACAGUCUUCACUGACAAAGAGUUCGCUGAGGACGAUAUUGUGGCAUCACCUCAGGCCAUCAACAAGGAAGUUGUGCGUUCGCGCGGUGUACAACCAUCGGAGAAGAGUUCGGAUACCGCCAGCGUGGGGUCAUUUUUGUCGAUGGCAUCGGUGCGGGCCUUUCCCAAGAGUACAUUGCCGGAGCCGUUGAAUCGUGUACUCGACCCGGUCUUUGUCACCUACUACGAUAACGUAAAUGCUGUGGCACCGCAGGCAACAGCACCGCAGAGUUCGACGCGUUCGCUAAAGUCACACAAAUCUCUGGGCAGUCGAGAGAGCACCAUAGCAACGAUAGCCAGCUUUCCCAGUCCCAAGGCGCCGCCACCCAUACGGAAUGUGCGUUCCGCUUCGCACAGCGAUAAUCCCGAUCCGGGUAUUGUGGGACCCAUUGUCUGGGAGCGGCAUAAGAAACGUUUGGGCAGCGCUGACAACCAGGAGGCCCGGAGCUAUGCUGACUUUAGCCCCAGUCCCAUGCACGAUGCCUCAGCCAUACGCAACCAUUACGAGGGUCUGCUCGAGGGCGCCAUCCAGAUGUACGCCAGCCAGGACGAUCUACCCAUGCCAUUGCCCUCGCGUGACUUUACCAACAAGCGACGCACCACAAAGCGCGAGCAUCGCGGCUCCUCCGCCGGACUGCCCAGCUAUCCUCCCAAGGCGUACAAUACAGCUGAUCGCCCGGCCACCGCACAGCCGGAGAAGACACCGAAGUCAGCGCAAUCCACGCAACCGCCAUCACCAACAUACAGCGCCUGGGGCAGUAGCAUGCACGGCUCGCACUCCCCGCUGGUGCGUCCGUUGAGUGCGGGCAACUUUCAGCAACAUGACACCAUCUUGGAGAUCUCAAGAGGUGCCUUAGCCAGCUCGACGGCCACGACGCCAGGACGUGAACGAAAGGCGUCGACGGCAGCAUCAGCAGCGCCUCUGAUUGAGGCCAUUCAGAGUGAACUGCGCAAGUUUAAGACGCAGGAGGAUUAAUCUACAAUCAACUGCAUAUCACGAUAAUCUUUUUCGACUUCAUUACAAUUAGAAUUAGCAUUUCACAAUAUUUAGAUACUUUUUGCUAUUAACUCUCAUUGUAAAAGCAUAUAACUGAGAUUCAUUGUGAAAUAAAUUCCAAGUAGCAAUGCUUGCAGUUGAACCGUGUUUUGUAUUUCAUUUUAUUUCACUUUUUGCAGCAGAGUCAUAAAUAUAGUAUAACAAUUGUAGUAUUUACAUAUUUUUGAAGCGUUCCGGAGAGAUUAGAUUUACAUUUUUGAAUUAAGAGUCUUUCACUGCACCUCAAUGAAAGUCCUUACCAGCCCAUGAAUUAGUAUUAUUAUGUUCCCUUUAAAAUAUUCUUUUUGUUGUAAGUUGAUCUCUUAAAAUCAUUAUAAUGCGAGUAAAAUAUUAAAAUUCCUUUAAAGGCAAAAGUUAUAAGAUACAAGUGCGUUUCCUUUGUUGGUCUCGGAUCGUAUUCCUAACAGAGUCCUUGAGUGCGAGUGUGUUAA